UUUAUGCAGUUGCCUGUCUGGUGUACAUUGAAAAGGUAGCUUGGUUAACGUACGAAUUAAUGAUAGGCCCGUGGCAACAGCUCUUUAAACAUUAUAUACAAAGCUGUGAACAUAUCAAUCUACGCGAUUCGGUUUUGCAAUGACAUUCUAAGUUUAGUUCGGGUACAAGCUGACAGGAGAUAUGAAGAUAAUUCUUGCUAUCGCGUCAAUUUUUCUUUGCGUUUGUGAAACGACAACAGAAGACGCUGCCCCAAAAAGGGUUCUCGUGCUUGGAGGCAACGGGUUUUUAGGCAGCGAAACCGUUGAAAACUUAAUGGACAAUUAUUAUGAGGUUACGAUUCUGAAUCGAGGUAACAAAUACUUCGAUUCCGACAAGCGAAUUGAUGCGUAUGUAAAACACAGAAUUAUCUGUGACAGAGACACACUAAUCCGCAAAACCUGUCCGACGCUAGCAAAGUCCGGCAAAUACGAUGCAGUUAUCGACUUUAGCGCGUAUACCCCCAUGCAAAUGGAGUCAAUGAUUGACGCGUUAAGGGGAAAGACAUCCCUAUAUAUUUACAUAAGCACAGAUGCAAUCUACGAAGUCUGCGAGAAGACACACAAAAACCGGACUACUGAAAAGGACGGGAUAAGGCCAGAAGAACGAACAUUGAGAGACAAGCUUGCAAGUAAUAGUAAAUAUGGCGACCAGAAGCUUGCAUGCGAAGAAGCUUUGAAAGAACAACGGGAGAGAGGUGGCUUUCCAUAUGUAAUACUGCGAUUGGCGGAUGCAAUAGGACCACGUGACACGACAAGUCGGCUCUGGACGUAUCAAGUCUGGGUGAAACUACAUAAGGCGUUGAACUUACCAAUACAUUUGCCAGAAGGAAUUGAAAACAAAACAUUCAGCUUUGUUUAUUCAAAGGAUGUUGCAAAGGCUAUUAUUGAAGUUCUAAAAAGUGGGAAAGAAAUCCACGACAAAACUUUAAAUCUAGCAAUGAACGAGCCACUGACCCUCGGGUAUCUCCUCAGGGGAAUAUCGAAAUACCUUGACGUAGGAGAUUUAUUGCUUAAUACCAGUGAUACCAAUGCCUGGUAUAGGUUUCCUACUACAGAUCUUGGACCACUAGAUACCUCUCUGGCGAAACAUUUGAUCAACUGGGAACCGACUCCAUUGGAUGUGGCAUUGAAUGAAACGUUCAGUUUCAACGAAGACGCCAUGUUGGAUCCAGUGUUUGUUAAGGAAAGAGAAAUAAUGCUUGCAGGUUUUGUUGAGGACAUCUUGAUUGAAGAGAUGCAAGACGAUGAUAUACUGGAACGAACGCUGGUUGAUGCAUAUGGUCCAGCAGUUCUCGAGGGAAUUGAUCUUGGCCUGGAAUUUGACCCGGAACAACCGAAGAUCGAAGAAGGAGAAAAGGGUGCCGGGAAUGGAGACUAUAUUAACAGGAAGGGCAUGUCCGUUGUGAAGGAGCAUUGUGACAAAAAAAACAUGCGAUAGGCCAUAAUGUUUUUUUUAAAUGUUGGCAUAGACUUGCGAUAGGCCAUGAACGAAAGGUGAACUAGUGUUUACUGGAGACUGUAAAUAUAUCUUUCAACAAAAUAUAAGGAGAUAUCAACUUAAAUAGCACUCACAAGCACUUAGACUUGCUUAAAAUUUGAUUGCUACGUAGCCUAAGAAAUUUUUGGAAAAGUCUUGCAGCCAUUUCAAAGAAUCAAUGUGGUAAAAACGGAAUUCAUAUGUACACAAAUGUGUCAUUAAAUCUCAAACGAAUUUUGCUGUUUUUGCGAACAACUCGCUAUAACCGAGACAAAAAAUACACUAUUUACAUGUCGAUUUUGUUAAUUCUUGAUAGAAUAUACUUA